UUUGUUGCGAGGGUACUUCUUCGUGCUCCUUUUUAUACGUUCGAUUCAAUUUCCCAUUUUGCAAUAAAUAUCAGUAAUAAAAAAAAUAAAUCAAUCUUUUUUUCUUCAGAUUUCUAUACAAUUUGAAUAAUAUACACAAUAUACAAAUCAAAUAUACACUGAAAUAUAUCAGUAAUUAUUAUUGUAGAGUUGAAAAAGUGCGAAAAAAGUGAGCUAUGGGUUACAAAUUUACGGCGGAAGAUGGCGGUGCUACACUUAGCGAUGCUUUGUUAUUCACUACUAUGUGUAUUAUUGGUUUACCUGUUGAUGUUUAUAUCAAAGAUGGUGCUGUUUAUUCCGGUAUUUUUCAUACUGCUUCUGUUGAUGAUGAUGAUGAUUAUGCUAUUGUUUUGAAGAGGGCAAAGAUGACUAAGAAGGGUAGUCGAGAGUCGAAUGUUGCACAUGGAGGUUUGAUAGAAACACUCGUAAUUCUGUCCGAAGAUCUUGUCCAAGUUGUCGCAAAGGGGGUUGUGGUAUCUGCUGAUAAUAUUCCAGGACAUUUCAAUGGAGAUAAUAUAGGUACCGUUUGUAGCAAUAUCACUUAUCCCGAAUGCAAGACGAAGGAUAUGAAAGCAACAAAGUCCAAGUUGUCUACCAUGGACGGAGAUAAAGCUAGUAAAGAAAGAUAUGCGCAAGAUGGCUUAAUCAAUAAGCAAAGUAACUGCAGAGAGAGCCAUGAGUCUCUAAAGGAGAGAACUAUCUUUGAAGUUCAAGGCUCAAGCUCAAAUCUGGAUGUUUCUGUAACUCGAGCAAAUGCCAUUGAGAAUGUUAACUUCAAAACAAACUCGGAGUUGUCAUCAAAUGGCAUAUCUAGUGGUAGUCCUCCCCUUUCCUCAACCAAACUUAAUGGUCGGGAUAAUGAGCGGCACAGUCAUGAGCAGCAGACUCCAGGCAAGAAUCCUUGUUUGGGCUCUACUUCCUCUGGUGCUCCAACUACCUCAGUCUCAUGCGUCAGCUCAUCAUCAGAUCCAGCUGAUUUGGUGCCUUCAUGUGGUUCAAUUCAGAAUGCUAGUACAAAGGAGUCUAAGCUCAACCCUGGGGCAAAGAUAUUUUCUCCAUCUGCUUUGCAGCAUAGAACUGUUACACCUCCUGUGAUCCCAACAAUAACUUACAUGCCAGAUUCAUGUCUUGUAGUACCUGUUGCUACAGUAGAGCCUGAAGUUGAAAUCAUCCCGUUUUCUCCUCGUCCAUCUGUGCCCAUCAAGUUUGUCCCGUAUAAUAAUUUGGCAGUUGUAAAUGGUGAUUUGGAUGUACAGUAUGCUCAACCGACAAUUGGAUACAUGGGAAGCAGGACUCAGCCAGCUAGGUAUGCCAGUCAGUAUCACCAUCUUCAGGCUGCAAAUGGUUAUGUGCAUCCAAAUUCUCAAAAUGCUAUGGUUGGACGAUUGGGACCGCUUGUUUAUAUGCAUCCUCUUUCUCAUGACAUCGUUCAGAGUGCAGUGGGGUUCUCUCAAGUAUCUUCACGUCCUCCAUUAAUUCCACAUCAGAUCCAUCCUCCUAAGCAUCAAGCACAAUAACCGACUCCAUCGUUGCUGCAGUAAGUACAACACCUCAAGCACUUCAGCUAUAUGUGACCUCCCCAGUUAUAACAGGGCUACAACCAUUCACUAUGCCAAGCAUUCCUAUUACACAGCCGUCUUUUCCUGUUAUGCGGCCGAUGCAAGUCCCAGAAUCUGAUGGUUUUCUGCCUAUCAAGUUCGCGUGAAUAUACUUUUGUAGGUGAAAUGAUGCUGGCAAUUGAGAUUCAUUUUUUUCAUUUCUUCUCAAUCUCUGGCAAGGUGAUUCUUUGUUAAAAGUUUUCGAUCUUAUAGUAUUGAGCAGGUUAUUCUUUGUUAGAGCGCGUUAAAAUUGUAUAUUGAAGUUGUUUUGUUUGGAGGUAGAGGAAGAGUUCACUCGGGCGGUUCUUGUUUUGGUUGUGAUAUCCAAAGGAGAUAGAUUUUCCAGUUUUGAACUGUUGAAAAACGAAUUUUUGGACGUCGAAAAGUCCCACUUUUUGUAUGAUACAUUCAGACUUCAAUGUCAAAUGUUAAAUUAGAAUUGAAAUUAGUAGAGUUGUGAUA